CGCCGUCUCCCUCUCCGCCUCUCGAGCGUUCUUCCAAAGGCGGGUGCUUGGAGAUUCUGAUUUUUUGGGCAGCGGCGGCGGACGGCGACCGGCGACGGACGACCCGUGGACGGCGACGGAAGGUGCGUGGCCGACGUUUGUCGUUCGGUUUCUUCCUCGUACUUGUUAGGGUUCCUCUUCCAUCGCAUUAGGUCAAUCGGUAUAUCAAAAGUUAACGGUCAUCUUUUAACUUGGUCAAUAAAGAAAGAGGCAUUUACAAAUCAUGCAGGCAAGUGACAGAUUCAAUAUCAACUCUCAACUUGAGCACCUCCAAGCAAAAUAUGUCGGAACUGGUCAUGCAGAUCUGAGCAGAUUUGAAUGGGCUGUGAACAUUCAACGUGACAGUUAUGCAUCAUAUAUUGGCCACUAUCCAAUGCUGGCCUAUUUUGCAAUUGCUGAAAAUGAAUCCAUAGGGAGAGAGCGGUACAACUUUAUGCAGAAAAUGUUGCUGCCUUGUGGUCUGCCUCCUGAAAGAGAGGAAGAUUGAAUUUCGGGGUCCCAUGUACUGAUCCUGUUCGCUGGUAGCAAGUGUACUCUGGUUUGAUACUUGAUACAUGUGUGCGCUGCUGUUCUUCUACAUUGUAAGAAUAUGCUAUGAAACAGUGCUGUGAAUUUUUAAUUUUUGGUAUUUGAGAUUGUACUAGAAUAGUUUAUACAAAUGGCACAAUCCAGGACACUAGAUGGCAUUUUAUCAA